UGGAUGUUAUCUAAUUGAGAUACUUGAGGGAGUUUGUCGGUGAAGAGGCGUAGAUGGCGCUAAUGAUUUACGGUAUUACGAAAUCUCAGAAAUUAUUUCAUGAAGAUGGCAGCCUCCUGUGUCCAUCAUGUGCAAUUAGCUGUGAGAAACGGGUCCCGAUAUGUGCAUAAAUUGAUAUCAAAUGUCAAUUUUAAGCUAUUUGCAGAGAGGAGAGAUGUGGACAGCACUGACUGGGUGCUCAGAAGUGGGUCAUCUAUAUUUGUAGUGAGUGAACAUCGAGCUGAAGUCUUACGGAACCCGGCAUCGCAAGUUCCCCGGAACUCCGGGCGAGAUGAUUGCUCCGCCAACCCGCUGACGUCACCCACCAUGACACCUGCAUUUUCUACACGGCUUUCAGAAGUUCAUCAUCUAGGAUACGUAUCACCACCUAUUUCAACUCAUAAUCUGCGUUUAGAAUUGCCAUCUAGUGCUCUUGGAAAUAUAGAUACAGUUUGCAAUGUCGCUUUUGAAGUGUGUAAUGUUUCUGCAACAGUAGAACUUGCGCAGAAAGGAGGCGCUAAAGUUUUGCUAGAACCAACGUUAAUCAAAGACUCAAGUGGAUAUGUGACUGUUGCUGCAAUCAAAUCUUGUGUUGGGAAUGUGGUACAUACAAUUCUAAAUACAGAACAUUAUGAUGGUGUAUUUUUACCUGGAUUUAGUAAAGUAUCGGAUUUGGAUUUGUGCAAUAAUUCCAUUUCAUCACACAACAUUUGCGAUGACUCUCCACAAAGUUGUCAGUCAGACAUUGAUGAUCAUGUAAAGCCUGAAUCAAAGGAAACCGUAACACAUUUUGAUCAUGUUACAUUUGCCAUUCCAACGGGAUCUUCAAAUAAAGUUCUAGAUUGGUAUGAAAAAUGUUUUGGGAUGAGGAGAUUUUGGUUGGAUAGAAACGAAGACAAGUUAGAAGGAUUCCUGGUUCGAGGGAGCAAUGUAGGUCUGCGGAUGAAGGCCAUGGAAUACUGGAGGUGUGCAGAAACUGGUUUGGUUUUCUCUGAGAAGUCUAGCAAUGAGAGAAGGAAUCACAGACAAGGAACAAACAUGAUGUUUGUUGUAGCUGAGGCUCUACCAGAACAAGGACCUAAUCAAGUUGAGACGUUCAUACAGCAGCAUGGUGGGCCUGGCGUUCAACACAUUGGUCUCUAUGCACCUGAUAUCGAGUACACAGUGGCCUUACUGAAGGAGCGAGGUUUGGACUUCAUGGUUCCUCCAAGCACUUACUACACUGAGGUUGGAAAGCUGGAGGAGAUGAAAGUGGUAGGGAAGGAUCCAUCCGCCCUCAAGGAACUUGGCAUCUUACUUGAUGCAGAAGAUUUCCAAGACUACAUAGAUGAUGAUGCCCAGGAUAGAUUGGAUUUGGAGGACCCUAAAAUCAGGUAUCUAAUGCAAGUGUUCACACGGCCCUUCUUUGAUCGAGAUACAUUCUUCCUGGAGGUGAUCCAGAGGCAGGGAGCUUGUGGGUUCGGCGCAGGCAAUAUAAAAGCUCUCUGGAGAUCCGUUGAGGCUUACAUGGUGCAGAAAGAGGCUUCGGAGAAGGAGGCCCAGGAGGAGCCUUCCGAGAAGGAGCCAGAAAAAUCAAACGAGUACUUACAUUACUAGGCUUCAAGGCUCUUUGAUCAGAUAUUAUUUUUGGAUGAUAAUAUACAAUGCAUGUGCGAAUGAGGAUUGAUUGGAAAUAAAUUCCAUUUUGAUUUUCGGUACUGUUGUUGUGUUUGAUCAACAACCUUGCCACUAAUGUUAACCGAGACUAGAGCUUGCAAUUUUCAAGAUUUUAUGAUGUAGAAUUCCUUCAGAGUUUGCUUUACUAAAUUAUGUAGGUGGUCAAAAAUCAAUGUGAAUUACUGAGCUCAUGCUUGUUUGUCAUAUGAUAAUUUUCUAUGUGAUUAUUUAUUUCCCUUCUGAUUGAUAUGACUGAUCAAUAAUUAAUAAAAAAAAUUCUUUGGCAGUUGCCUUCAUUCGCAAUUUUUUAAACCUCUUCCCCAUAUAAAGGGUAUUUGCAAUUUUCUCUAAUGUUUGCAAGAUUUUAUGAUCACUCAUUUUUCAAAUACAAUUUACUGGAAUGAAUUAGAUGUCAUUGAUGCAGCUCAGUGUCAUAUGUAUGAAAUUGUUUUAUUCAUAAUAAAAAAGUAUUUAGUUUAACUCUUUUUACUUAGAUCACAUCAUUAGUUUCAACUCUGAUAAAAAAAUAAUUUAUUUGUUGUAUAUUUCCUGGCUCUUUGGUAGGUUCAGAUUUGUCUUCCCACUAAAUAUGCAAGGUUUAUGUAAUCUAAAUUAAAUGAAAUGUAAUGAUUUUUUAUUUCACUUGGUCAUAUUUCCUGAAGAUGUUUUUACUAUUGAUGGAUUGAGAUUACAUUUCAUUAUGUUGCAAAUGGUGCUGUUAUGUCUUCACAUUUGAAGGAAAAAUUCUAUCUCCAGUGUUUGCUACGUAUUCGAUUUUCCCAUGAAAAUUUGGCAUGGUGAAAAUUCAACUGAAUCAGCUGUGCUCUGAAUAUGUCCAUGUCUAAUCUUGGACUUGUAUCAAAAGUUUUGAUAUGGAAACAGAAAUAAAAUAUUUUCUUCUCUCCCUAUUUUGAGCCAAGCAAAAGUGGUAUUUUUCUGAAAUGUCUCUUUCUUGAAAGUUUUGCUGCAUCCAUAGUCUAUAUUUAUUUCAUCAUUCAUGAAUAUCCAGUUUCAUUUUGCAAUAUUCAGUCCUCAUAUGUUACUCUGUAAACUUUACCUUGAAUUAUUUAACUUAUGAAACAUAUUAUGGUAAUAUUGUAGAAGUGCAAUCCGGAUGAUGGGUGGACAACUUCUCUUAACAUAUCUUGAGGGUGGCAGUGCCCCACGAGGAUUCCACCCUGCUAGCUGCCACUCAGAGGUUUUUUCUCACAACAUAGUAUUAAUCAUACUUUCGCUAACCCCGUACUAUCCUAACCCCUGUCCCCUUGCUAUAAUUUUUCCUUAUCUCGCAAGCCAAGUUUUCUGCCUAACCCCAGCUAUAAAGGAAAUGCUUGCUUUUCCCACCAAAAAAUCAGUAAUCCCUGAACUUUUAUGACUUCUGAGUGCAAGGUUCUUUUUUAAUCCGAUCUUGGAUUUCUUAGGAAAAAUUGAAUAAUGCCUUUCCGAUCUGUCACAGUGGCACUUCUAUGGACAAAGAUUCUUAAUAUUGAAAUAGAAAUUGAAUUGCAUCUUCCCAUGUUCAUAUUUUGUACAUGUAAAUGUAGACCUAGGGCAUUUCAUAGAUUUAUAUGGUUGAGUUCAUUGUCAUUCUUUUGUUCCCCACGAGAAAUGUUGUGUGUGAAUAUUGACCAAAGGGGCGUAAAAAACAAAACUUAUAAACUGUACAAGUAUGUGAUUUGUCUUACGAACUGUUCCCCAUCUAUCAGGUGAGGAGAGAAAAAAUGUUAUGCAAUGUACUUUGAAAUAUUAUGCAGAAAUAGCCUGUUUCUUGGAAAACAUGGGAGGGCUAUCACAUUUUGCUUGAUACUUCAUGAAAGAAUAUAGUUAUUUAUGCAGAAUAUGUUAUUUUGCCAACCUUAGUAAGGAUGGCCUGAAACAAAUUAAAAAAGAAAUUGAACUAAAAAAAAAAAUUGAAUUUUAUUGUAUAUUCAGUUGGUGCAGAUGUGUUUGUAUGAUAUUUAAGUAGUUGUGAAGUCCUGAUGAAGUUAUGGUAGAGAUAUUUGAAUGAGUUGAUAUGUAAGGAAAGCUAGGAGGAACGAGAGAUGGGUUAAUGCCACCGCGCACCUUACGAUAGGUCUGCGACCCAAUUUUAGAAUACAAUGCCUUAACAUAUGAUGGGAAUAUCAAGACAUGGAAUGUCGUGCUGUGCAAGUUCUAAACCCAUGUUCUAACCUUUGUUUGAAUCCGUUGUGAUGUUACCUUCCGUAUUAGAAUAAAAGCAAAUUCAAUAUCUAAUCAUGACUAUGCCAAAGCAUGCACAAUCGGCUAGUAUUUGAAACCAAUUUGGCCUUUACUUCAAAAUAAAGGCUUGCAGGUCACCAAAGUCAUUAUGUUGAUGUUCUUACAGUUAUUUUUAACCAUGAAUAAAAAGAUUAUAUUCAUUAUUUUUUUCUUAGACAAGCAAAAUGUGAUUUGUUCCAAUAUCCGAUUGUAAACCAGGCGUAUGGUGAGUGGAGAAAGAAAAAGAAGGGGUGGAAAAGCAAGUGAGAGGCAGCUACUGUCAACUUUGCAUAUAAUAUACAAGUUGACUGCAUUGACUUCAUAAUUGUUAAUGGUAGUGAUUUUUUUUUAUCUUAUUGUUAAGAAAGCAUGAAUGCUUGUAAGCAAGCAGCCAGAGGACUGACGGCUUCAGGUCCUCUCUGUUGGACAUUGUAAUGAGGAUAAAUGCCUUGCCAAAAGGGCACUAGCGCACCAAGUGGGAAUCGAACCCGGGUCACCGGAAUCCAAACCCUCCGCUCUACCGAUUGAGCUAUAGAACUUGAAAUCAGGCAUACAAUUAUUCAUUAACUUUUGCGUUAGGGGACCCUGUGCUCGCUGUUGAAUAUUAUUUGAUUUCAGCAAAAUACACAUCUUCCUUCCAUGCUUACACAAGUACAUUAAUAACAGCCUAGUUAUUGGAGUGUUCUAGCAUUCUUAAUGGGGGGGGGGGCAUGGGAACAGAUUUAUUGCCCCCCCCCCCCAUAUAAUUUUGCUUACCUUUUUUGGUUACCAUUUUUUAUAGUGACAGCUUUUUUAGAAAAUGGUGCUGACCUUUCAAUUCUUUGUUCCCCUUUUUUAAUUUGUCCGAUAAACUGUGCCCUCUUCACAAAGUUUUACUCGAGUAUGCCACUGAUUGAGCGGAAUGGGUUAAAAGGUGAGGAAAUUAAAAAAAGAAGAAAAAAAUCUGUCAUGUUCCGUCAUCAACAAAGAUAAAUCAAAUACAUUUCCAUGACUUUACAUUGCAGAGCCAUAGAUAAAAGUGAAAGGAAGAGGUACAGUGGCUUGUUAUUAAAGAAACAUGUAAAUUCCAGUGGAUGUUUAAUUAAAGGAACAAGAAUGGUGACAACAAACUGCUUUGCAGUUGAUAUUGUUUUGAGGGAAAAUGGUCUGAAUUUGCAGCUUAAAGGCUGUGACUGAGUCUUAAAUUGUGCAGCAUUCUAUUACCAGCUCAUACAACAAGUUGUAAAUGUGCUAGACUUCUCUCAAGACCCAUUUGUUGAUUUGAGUUUCAACCGGGUCUGUACCUGGAGACUAUCAAAAAAACUUACAGGGACUUAGGAUAAUUUGUCUCUUCAAUGCAGAAAAUGUCUUGAUUUAUAUUUUGAUUAAUAAAGACUGAAAGAAAAAUAAAGUGCAAUGGGUGAUGUGACUUUGCCAUCACAUUCAUAUCAUUCUAAAUAUUAGAAUACCACCUUUAAACCAUAACAAUCACAUAAACAACCAACAAACACACUCAUUGAAAAGGUAUUAUUAUGUGAGUUGUGCAGCUGCUUUUAAUAUAUUUAAAAAAUUGACAAUGUCAAAGAAGAAAAAUAAAAUCAGUUAUAAAAAUCACAUUAUAUCGUAUCCAGAGGCUACAUGUAUAUAAAGGUAUACAGAUACAUGUAUUGUAUGCCAAAUUAUGACCGAUACAAUUAAUGUUACACUCAAAGGAGGGAAUAGUCACAUGAAUUGGUCAUGACAUCAGUUAAUCAUAUACAAUUUCUACGAUUGAUCGAAGAGUGCAUAGUUUGCAAUUGUUUAGCAAAUGGUGCAUCAUUUAUGAUCACUUUGACAAUAAAAAUAAAGAUACUUUUUGUAAGAUUAAGCAAUGUUUAAAAUACUGGACUAAAUAAAUGUUUGGACCAACCAAAUAUAUACAAUGUUUACUUACAUGUACACUAGAUGAAUUUCAGCAUAGAAUUCUAUGAUUAUCUGGCAAUCAGACCAAAAAAGGCUCUAAACAUUAUCUUUCUUCUUUUUCAAGAAAAACAAAAUUCCC